GCCGAAUUGAUGGCGGUCAACAAUCACAAACGAGAAAGAGUGUUCCUGUAACGUGGAAUAGAUGUUUCGGCAGAAGAAGUUGUUGUAUCUACUAUAUAAUGUGAUGAUUGAUGAAGGAUGACGUUGAGUCGUCUAGAUCCACAAGUAGACUGUUGUUGCUUAUCAUGCACUUUGGUUGUUAAUCUAAAUUUUUGUCACUGAUAAUUAAGAAGAUAAUUAAAGAUGACAGUAGUACCGAAUUCUGGUGCUGCAGGUGGUGGCGAUCAUCCCGAACCCGCAAAUUUCAACGAAGCCCACCAAGAAGACCCUAAGAUUGCUGUACAGCCAGGACCAACUAUCAACGCAACUUCUUCAUCUAGUUCAACGCUUAUGGAGGUUGAACGAGAUCACAAGAACACGGAAUCCUCUCGACCAAUCGUCUUUCUGGACAUCACUUUAGGCGGAAAUGCAGCCGGAACCUUGGAGAUCGAGCUUUUUUCCGAUAUUGUUCCUAGAACAGCCGAGAACUUCCGCUGCCUCUGCACAGGAGAGCGUGGGGUUGGUCGGGUCUAUGGUCGUGGUCUGCACUACAUGAACUGCGCAUUUUUGAGGGUUUGUCCAAGAACCUUCUGCCAAACAGGGGAUAUAGUGGAGCACAACGGGACAGCUGGCGAGAGUAUCUAUGGGGAAUACUUUGCGGACGAAAAUUUUGAAUUGAAACACGAACGAGGCUCACUAAGUAUGGCGAAUUGCGGAAGGAAAGAUAGUAAUGGUACUAUCGCCUACUUGAGUGAAAAGGACAAGGAACGCUUAGUUGUAUAUACGCCCACAACUUUCUCAACAUCUGCUCCUCCUCGUCGUAGAAGUACAAAUAGAGAGAGAGUCCUCCUUUUUUUUCCCACUACAACAGCUGCAGCUCUACCGAUACCAUGGUACAAAUCUCAAAAUUCCACAGGUUCUCAAUUCUUCAUUUGUUUCGAUCGUCUUCCGGAUUUGGACGGCAAGUAUGUAGUUUUUGGAAAAGUAUUGCCUCACACGCUUGAGACCCUGGAGGCGAUACGGGAUACAGGUAGCGAAGUAGGACACACGAGUGAGCCGGCCGUAAUAUCGAUGUGUGGACAGCUUGCAUAGUUAGAGGUGGUUCCGAGAAUUUUUUCUUGGUAAAAAUGUGAAUUAUUUACUAAGCGGACUGCUACAACUGGUACUGACUUGAUUCAUUUUUUCACAGAACUCUGACUGUUUACAUCAUUUCUACUUUGAGAAUAUAGAAUCCAUCACACCCUUUAUUCCAUGAGGCAGAAGAGCGUUUCCUCGUCUUUGCGUGCACAUGACUGCACUGGUAGUUGUUCCAGUCAUUUUCCUUGUUCCGUGGAGAGCACUAGCAUCCCGAUAGUGCUGUAUCUAUACAUUUAAAAAUGGAUUAGAUGAAGCUACGGCAGCUUACAUGAUCAAGGAAUAACGAUGACAAUGAACCUUCUCCACAUGAAUAAUCAAUUCUUUUUUUUGUAGGCUCCUGUGGAUCUGCUUCCAUCUCUCGAGCCUGGGGUCGUAGGUUGUAGCUACAAGAACAUCUGGUACACGUGAACUCUUUCAUCAGCAGAGGAUGUCGUGAU